AUGUCACGUCGUGGUGUUGGCCUCGGCGCCUUUGCCAAUCGAAACCAAGCAACUCAAUCCUACGCAACUCAUGGCGCAAAUCUUCGUUCUACUCAUACGGCGUCUCUCCAAACCCAACUCUCUGUCUUCCAGUCAUUGCUCCACACGUUUGCUUUAGAGCACAGCUCCACGAUCAAAUCCAAUCCAACCUUCAGAGCAGAAUUUGCCCGGAUGUGCAAUACCAUUGGAGUUGACCCUUUGGCUGCGAGUAACAUCAAAGGCAAGAAUGGCCGCCGUGGGCUAGGCGAAGGUGGCAGCUUCUGGACCCAGAUAUUGGGCGGUGAUAUGAAUGACUUCUACUUUGGAGUGGCAGUCCGGGUGGUAGAACUAUGCCGUGAGACAAGGGGUGAGAAUGGCGGGCUUAUCGGCGUAGAGGAGUGCCGGAAACGCGUCGGCAAGGGCAAGGCAAUCGGUGGCGGACUAGAGGUUUCCGCUGAUGAUAUUCUUCGCGCAGUUCGGUCUUUAGAGCCUCUCGGAUCUGGUUUUUCUAUCGUCCACGUCGGCUCAAAACAAUACAUUCGAUCCAUCCCGAAGGAGCUCAACACAGACCAAGCAACCGUUCUUGAAGUUAUCCAAGUUCUCGGAUUCGUGAGCGUUUCAAUGCUACGACUUAACCUUAGCUGGGAAAAGGCACGGGCGCAAACCGUGAUCGACGAUAUGCUUGCAGAUGGUCUUGUUUGGCUGGAUGCCCAGGGCCCAGAAAGAGAAUACUGGUCACCACAAAACCUACUUGAUGACAGUGGAUGA